AUGAAGUUUGCGAUUUUCGAUUUUGGAGACAAUACUUUUGAUAUUGGCCAAACAUCAUGGAUACAAGAUGAAAAUUCUACAACAUUUGAUAACGAAUCCUGGCUCUUUACCCACGAAAUAAUUGUCAAGUGGCCCAUAGACUUCAAUGCAGCGAAACGAAAAAUGCGAAAAAAAAUUGAUGAAGAUACAACCAAAACGGAAAGCGAAAGAUAUCCCGCAAGAAUUUUAAAAUUUGGAGGAAAAGGUCAAAGAAUCUCACAAAAGAAUUAUAAAUACCAUUCCGACUCCGAUAAGGAGGAUUAUGAAGUCCAGUUUGGUUCACAUAUAAGUAAAAAACCUCCUUCAAAGAAAAGAAAAGUCCAGAAAGAUAGUGCAACGAAAAACUCCUUAUAUUCCAUGGUUAAAGAAAAAUAUAAACAAACAGAGUUUGAAACAGUGCAAAAUGAAGAAGACAACUUAAACGAGAAUCGUUCCGACAGUACGUCGUUUUUACAGCUAAAAAAAAUCGAAAAUCGUUUAAAAGAACUUUCCGAAGAAUGUAGAAACUUAAAGAUACAGACGACAAAUUUAGCUGCGUUGAUGAAUUCUGUGAAAGAAUUACCCAUUAUUGUCAAAAGCCUGGAAACAUUAAUUAAUGAACUCCAGUCAAGCAGUAUUCAUUCAGUCUCGCCACCUGUCAACACUGAUUUACCAAAACACCUGUCCCCUUUAUGCCUUAAAAGCUCUUGCGAUGCACCUACGAUUGAGGAAAAUGAUAAUGCUGGCAACGGAGUGGAAGAGAUGGUAGCACUGGCUCCUGGUAUUAAGAUUUUGCCUUCGCAGAGGGAUCUUUUGACUUUACAAGGAAAUCCAAAGAACUACACGUAUGCGUUAAUGGACAUGAUUUGGUCCAGAGAUGUGUUGGCAACACAUUCCUAA